AUGAAGCUGCUGUUUUCUCUGUUUCUUCUCUGGGCACUCUCCACCACAGCUGGAGCGCUUCUGUGUCAAACCUGCACAGAUUUGACGUGUUCAAACACAACGGCAAAUACAUGUUCCUCAUUGGAACCAAUGUGUGUUACAGCUACCAUUCUAGCUACUUCAUCUGGAACUACGACAAAACAAAUCUACAAGGCAUGUGCAACUUCCUCCCUGUGUCCAGCCGUAACCCCUCAGACAUUUUCAGUCAACCUGGGUUUUCAAAGUGCUCUGGCUUCUGCUGAAUGCUGCAACACAGAUAACUGCAACUCAGCAACUCUACCAAAUCCUGCUUCUCAGUCAAAUAAUGGCAGAGAAUGCAACUUUUGUGACCCUUCCACUGGUCAGUGCUCCUCCACAUUACAGUGUCAGGGAGUGGAGAACAAAUGCUUCCAAUCAACCAGUGAGUCUUUAUGUUCUACAACUACAACCACCGCCGCAACUACAACAACCACCCCAACAACAACUACAACAGCCGCCGCAACUACAACCACCGCCCCAACUACAACCACCAUCCCAACUACAACCACCGCAACUACAACCACCGCAACUACAACCACCGCAACUACAACCACCACCACACCAACAACUACAACCACCGCCCCAACUACAACAGCCGCCGAAAGUACAACCACCGCUGUAAAAACAACCACCGUUCCAGCUACAACUACAUCCACUGCCGCAAUCACAACCACCGUCCCAACUACAACCACUGCCACAACUACAACCACCACCCCAACUACAACCACCGCCCUAACUACAACCACAACCCCCGCCACAACUCCAACAAACGCUGAAACUACAACCACCGUCCCAGCUACAACUACAUCCAGCGCCGCAACCACAACCACAACCACCCCUGCAACUACAACCACCACGCCAACUACAACCACCAUCCCAGCUACAACUACAGCCACUGCCGCAACUACAACCACCGUCCCGACUACAACCACCGCCGCAACAACAACUACAACCACCACCCCAACUACAACCACUGCCGCAACUACAACCACAACUACCACUCCAACUACAACCACCACCCCAACUACAACCACCGUCCCAGCUACAACUACAACCACUGUCGCAACUACAACCACCGCCCCAACGACAACCACCGCUCCAACGACAACCACUACAACUACAACCACAGUCCCAACUACAACCAGUACAACUACAACCACCGCCUCAACUAUAACCACCACCCCAACUACAGCUAUAUCCAGUAUCCCAACUACAACAACCACCUCAACAACAAGCACCCCAACUACAACCUCCGCCUCAACAACAACUACCAUUGCAACUACAACCACUACACCAACUACAACCACCACCCCAAUUACAACCACCACCUCAACAACAACAACCACCGCUCAAACGUCAACCACCACCCCAACAACAACCACCGCUCCAACAACAACCACUGCACCAACUACAACCACCACUUCAACUACAACCACCGGCCAAACUACAACCACUGCCCCAACUGCAGCUACAUCCACCACCCCAGCUACAACAUCUGCCUCAACAGCAACCACCACCCCAACUACAACCACCACAAUGACAACCAUCACCCCACCUAUAACCACGGCUACAACUACAAAAACUAUUCCAACUACUACCACCGCCUCAACAACAACCACCACCUCGUACCCCAACUACAACAUCUGCCUCAAAAACAACCACCACCACAACUACAACCGUCACCCCAACUACAACCACAGCUACAACUACAACCACUACACCAACUACAACCACGGCUACAACUACAACCACUACACCAAUUACAACCACGACUCCAACUACACCCACUACAAGUACAACCACUACCCCAACUACAACCGCUACAAUCACAACCACUACCCCAACUACAACUUCAGCUGCAGGAUCAAGUACAACUACUGCCUCCACAACCAAAAGUGA